AUGCUUGAUUACAUUCGACUACUCAUUUGUCAUUGCUUUAGUGUGUGCAAUACGGAGCAAGAUGUAUGUAUACUUGCUUGGGCAUUUGUACGCCUGUUGCGUGUCAGUGGAUAUGCUGAGCCAUCGUCGUUGCUGGUGACGCUCUCACAAUUCGAUGUGCCGAUGCUCACUGUUCGAUGUGCCAACAAGCGUCUUGAACCUCUGCCACCUCCCCGAGCAUCAUGUUGCAGAGUCGGUUGGUUCGCAUGUCUGCGUCCCUGCCGUCAGCUGCCGUUAUAG